GACCUGACAGGACCUAGCAGAGGAGAGAGAGCCAAGAGGAGGGGAGGGCCACUGCUGAUUCAAACUGGAUUAAAUAGGUAACCUGUGCUGCUGUAAAAUGGCUCUGUUACCGCUGUCACAACUCGCGCGGAAUUAGAGCAGAGAGGGAACAAAGCCUUCAGAGCCAACGUACUGUACAUGUAGGUGCUGCAGGAACAGGCAGCAGGGACAUGUCUUCUGUUUUGUAUCCUGGGGAGCAUGGUAUCCCCAAAGAAAUCCUUCUGGUUUGGCUGCAGAAGCAGGAGCAGCUCCAUCAAGAAAUUCCCCAGUGCGCUGGCUGCAGUCAACACAUCCUAGACAAGUUUAUCCUGAAGGUGCUGGACAGACACUGGCACUCCAAGUGCCUGAAGUGCGCCGACUGUCACGCUCUGCUGGCGGAGAAGUGUUUCUCGAGGGCGGGGAACGUCUACUGCAAAGAGGAUUUCUUCAAGCGCUUCGGGACAAAGUGUGCCUCCUGCCAGCAGGGUAUCCCCCCCACGCAGGUGGUGCGGAAAGCCCAGGACUUCGUCUACCACCUGCACUGCUUCGCCUGUGUCAUGUGCAACCGGCAGCUGGCCACGGGCGACGAGUUCUACCUCAUGGAGGAUGGGAGGCUGGUGUGCAAAGAGGACUACGAAACCGCCAAACAGAACGAUGAUUCAGAGGCGGGAGCCAAGAGACCACGGACGACCAUCACCGCCAAGCAGCUGGAGACGCUGAAGAAUGCCUACAAGAACUCUCCGAAACCGGCGCGCCACGUGCGAGAACAGCUGUCCUCGGAGACAGGGCUGGACAUGAGAGUGGUUCAGGUGUGGUUCCAGAACCGGCGAGCGAAAGAGAAGCGACUAAAGAAGGACGCGGGGCGGCACCGCUGGGGACAGUUCUACAAGAACGUGAAGCGGAGCCGCGGGGGAAGCAAGCCCGAGAAGGAGAGCUCAGCGGAGGACGGGGGGCUCAGCGACAGCGAGCUCAGCUUCAGAGAGGAUCAGAUACUGUCGGACCUGGGCCACUCCAACGGGCUCUACGGCAGCAUGGGAGAUGUGGGCAAUGGGAACCUGCUGAACGGCAGCUUCUCUCUGGACGGCACGGGACAGCCCUUCCACGACUUGCGAGCCAACAGCCCCUACGGUGUCCCCCAGUCGCCCUCCUCCAUCGUCUCUCUGCCUGCCCACACGCCCCUGCUCAAUAAUCUGGGCUUCUCCAUGGACAGCAUCAUGGCACAGGGUGGGCAGGGGGUGAGCCAGGCGCUGAGAGCCAUGACAGGGGGGCCCACCUCUGACCUGUCCACCGGCAGCAGUGCUGGCUACCCAGACUUCCCCACCAGCCCAGCCUCCUGGCUGGACGAGAUGGAUCACUCCCAGUUUUAGACUGGCCCAGCCGGGCACAAUCACAUGGCGAGCAGCUUUUUACCUUUCUACAGAGCUAUUUUUAAAGGGAGCAUUUGAAGAGCUUCACAUCCAAAGGAACUUUGGUUGGGGACAGAGCGACUGCUGGGUGGAUGGGCAGCUGGCGAAGAGCAGGGAUGUCACUCUUUUCAGGUGGACAGUCUGAGCCCGGGCCCUUAGAAGAAGAAAGAUCGUCCAGCACUGCGGUUUUGGGAUGACGUCAUCGAAGGACAACGCUUCACAUCUUCACAUCCAUCUCAUCAUUUAUUUAUUUAUUUUCUCUUCCUUGUCAGUCUUUUUGACUCUUAUUUCUCAGUUCUGUUUAAAAUCUGACCGGAGAAUUAUUUUAGUUUUCCUAGGUGUGCCAAAAUUCCCAGCUGAGUCUUUCGUGGGAGGUUUUUCCAGAAGAAAAUUGAAUGUCAAAAGCCUGACUGCCUCUGUUACAGCAUUUAUUUUGCACUUUACCUUAAUUCUUUUGCACAUAUACCAUACAUAGCUCUUACUAAAUGCAUGAAAACACCUAGUGAGGGGAUGGAUGCUUUUUGUAGGAAACAAGAUGGAAUUGUAGCCAUCUAAGCAAUAACUUUAGAUCACUAGAUUAAGAGAAGAAGUAGUGAGCUCCACAGGAGUUAAUUUUCCCCAAUUAUAAGUGUUUUUAAAGGACUAAAGAUACUCCUGUACAACACAUAAAGCUGUAUGGUCAAAUUGAAACACUUAUUACAUUCCAAGGUCCAGAACAAGAAUUGGGUCAGAUGUUCUGUUUUUAGUUCAGAGUUAUUGGGUUGUUUGACAUUCAACUUUUCGCUGAAACUAAAGUAAUUAUGGAAAAAGACAGAAAACACUUGAGAUAAAACACCGUACAUGGUAAUGGUGAAACUCCAACCUUGUUAAGGCUUCCUGAUGUUUCGAACAGGGCUAGUGUAAUGGCAAAGGUUGUUCCUCUUGUCACUCCUAAGAUUAGGAAAGAUCGAUGGGGUGGCAUCACAGUAGUUAACAUUUCAAUUGGAAUUUUAGCUGUGACUGUUUUGUUGUUUGCAGGGACAUGCAUCCAGUGCUGUGAUUUCUAAAAUGUUCAAAUCGGCUCAUUUCUGAUUGUCAGUUGAUACCACAAGCCUGAAGAUCUGGUAAUGGCUGUUUCACUGUGGUGAAUGUACAGUGGUCAUUUGGCACCUGCUACUGCUUUAAAAACGUACUGCAACCAUGAUAACUCUGCUUCACAGUACAGCCUAAAAUCAAACAGAAACCAGUGGACAUGGAUUUGCCACUCAUGGAUUUGCCAAAACUGUGCUGAACAACUAAUGAGCUAAACUAGACCUCCCAGUGUCUUCUGGUUUUUGUUCCAACCCCAGAUGUUAAUUUAACAUUUUUUUUCGAAUUAUUUCCUUGCUUAGACACAUAUAGGAUAUUUCUUAAGGUCUUUGGCAGUUGUUAAAUUAAAACAUUCACUUAAUUACAGUUACCUAUAAACACUUUGGAGCCAGCAUAGAAAUGUUACAAUUAUGAAGUUAAGUAAUGAGACACACAGAGCUCAGAUGGAAUAAAGAACAAAAAGAAACUAGGCUGAGUUUGACAGCCCUACUUUAGAAAGACCACACCCAGCAGGCCUGCGUACCCAUAUCAACAGCUGGCACCGGUUCGAACUGUAUCUGCCUGAGAGCUGGCACAGUGACUCCCAUGGCAUACCUUUUGCUUCAUUUUGAGCCUUUUCAGUUGUUUUCCAGGUCUUAAAAAAGUCAUUUCAAGAGUAAGGUCUCAAAAUUCCAGGCAAUACAUGACAGUUAAAAAGGCCGAUUUAAGCAAGUUAGAAGUUUAGACUUGGCUUUACAAAGGCCUAAACUGGAAAAGCCCAUUUUAAUGUAUUUGAAUCAACUAUUGUAUAUGACAUAGGUUUCUACAGUAUGUGUUACAUAUGGGUUUUUUUCAGGCAGAUGGUGUGAUACACUCUGUAUACUGUGUCACUUAUCACAUAGCCAAAACCACAAAAACAUUCCUGGAAAAAAAAGGGAGAAAUCUUUGAGCAGCAAGCACAACACCACGGUGAGCUGAUGCAUAUUUGCUUCUAUGAAGGGUGAUUUAACUGCAGUGUGGGGCUAAAACAUUAGUGGCUCAAAUGUUAUGACAUAGGAAGGUCCUAAUAAACCAAAGUAAGCUGUAGUGAACUGGAAAAGGGUGAUGGGGGCACCUCAAUAACACGUUUUGUAACGCACGCUCUGUGAGCCAUGCCUGGGAUGGACAGACAGGGUAUUGUAAGACAAUAAAAUACCCCAAAUCCAAUAAUAUAUAUAUAUUUAAAAAAGAGAAAAUACUGUCUGUUGCCUCAGAACUUUGGAGUCUUAAUUGUUGUAAAUUUUGUACAGUUUCAAAAGUGGAGUCUUGUUUCAUGAGCGCUAUUUAUUGCCAUGUGUCUUUGAGGGAAAAAAAAGAAAGCAGUGAGUCUAUUUGUAUAUGCCUUCUGUCCGUUGGCAUGAACUGUGUACAGUGAAAUCUAUAUAAAAAAUAAAGUUGA